UUGUGACUUUUGAUAAAGCCAAAGAAGUAACUUUCGUUCUUAUUUUCAUGUGACUUGUAACAAGUUACAAGUCAGUAAUAUAACCUAUAACUUACUCUUCAUCGAGUUAAUUUUUCUUCAUCAUCUGCUUCUUCUUUUGAUCAUAAUAUCUGUUAAGUGAUCUUUCAUAGAGAGAGAAAGAGAGAGAUGGAGAGGUGUGACAAGGUGAUGAACCAACGCAACAUGCAUGAUUGUCCUAAAACAGGUCCUGGCUAUCCUUCACCCCUGGCAGCCAUGUCUGGUCCCAAAGAGACUCUCCUUUAUGUCACUGCUAUCUACUCAGGAACAGGAAGGGAUAAGCCUGACUUUCUGGCCACAGUGGAUGUGGAUCCAAGCUCUCCAACGUAUUCAAAAGUUAUCCAUAGGUUACCUGUACCUUAUUUAGGUGAUGAACUGCACCAUUUUGGGUGGAAUUCAUGCAGCUCUUGCUAUGGAGAUCCAUCAGCAGUUCGGCGAUAUCUGAUUCUACCUUCACUGGUAUCAGGCCGCAUUUAUGUGGUUGACACAAGAUCAAAUCCAAGGUCUCCAUCUUUGCACAAAGUUGUUGAGCCAGAAGACAUCAUAAGUAAGACUGGAUUAGCUUAUGCACACACAUCUCAUUGUCUUGCUUCUGGUGACGUCAUGAUCUCUUUUCUUGGAGAUAAAGAUGGAAAUGCAGCAGGAAGUGGAUUUCUUCUCCUUGAUCAUGAAUUUAAUUUGAAAGGAAGGUGGGAGAAACCUGGGCACAGUCCAUCAUUUGGGUAUGACUUCUGGUACCAACCACAGCAUAAGACUAUGAUUAGCUCAUCAUGGGGUGCUCCUGCUGCUUUCACCAAAGGUUUUAACUUACAGCAUGUCUCUGAUGGUCUUUAUGGGAGGCAUCUACAUGUAUACAGCUGGCCUGGGGGUGAACUGAGACAAACAUUGGACCUUGGUGAGUCAGGGGUUCUACCCUUGGAGGUAAGGUUUCUGCAUGAUCCUUCUAAAGAUACAGGUUUCGUUGGGUGUGCAUUGUCAAGUAACAUGGUACGGUUUUUCAAGACCGAGGAUGAAUCAUGGAGUCAUGAGGUUGCAAUAUCAGUGAAACCAUUGAAAGUGCAAAACUGGAUUCUUCCAGAAAUGCCUGGGCUUAUAACUGAUUUUCUGAUAUCUCUUGAUGAUCGGUUUCUGUACUUUGUGAAUUGGCUUCAUGGUGAUAUUAGACAAUAUAACAUUGAGGACCCUAAAAAUCCUGUACUGACUGGCCAAGUAUGGGUUGGGGGACUACUUCAGAAAGGAAGCCCUAUAGUAGCAAUAACCGAAGAUGGUAAUACUUGGCAAUCUGAUGUUCCAGACAUCCAGGGAAAUAAGUUGAGAGCUGGCCCUCAGAUGAUUCAGUUGAGUCUGGAUGGUAAGCGGGUAUAUGUUACAAACUCACUCUUCAGUGCAUGGGAUAAACAAUUUUAUCCAGAGCUUGUAGAGAAAGGAUCCCACAUGUUACAGAUUGAUGUUGAUACUGAAAAUGGUGGUCUGAAAAUUAACCCUAAUUUCUUUGUUGACUUUGGAGCUGAGCCUGGGGGUCCCUGCCUUGCCCAUGAGAUGAGAUAUCCUGGUGGUGACUGCACUUCAGAUAUAUGGAUUUAAUAGCUAUGCUACUUGAGGCCAGGCUACAAGCAAUAUCCAUGUGAAUAAAAUCCUUAGUCCUAGAAUGAAUCGAGGUGGGCUAAUGUUAUAAAUAAAUAAUAGUUGCAUAUGUAUGAUGGUUGCAUUGUAAUAAAGUUAUAUUGUCAUGUAGUUUUCCGUACUUUCUCAUUUACAUCAUCCUAAACAAUGUUCUCUGUGAAAUAAAUCUUGCUCACCUACAAAAUUUGGGUCUUCUGAUUGAGUAAAUCUCUAUUGGAGUAACAUUCUAGAUUAA